GUCCGCAACUGUGGUCCAGAUGUUCCUGAUCAGCCGCAAGGGCGGCACUCUGCUGACCAUCAACAACUUUGUCUACCGGUCCAAUCUUAAGUUUUUCGGGAAGAAAAAUGAUAUUCUGUACUGGGAGUGCGUCCAAAACCGAUCGGUCAAGUGUCGCAGCCGCUUGAAGACCAUCGGAGAUGAUCUCUAUGUAACCAAUGAUGUGCACAACCACAUGGGCGACAACAAGCGCAUUGAGGCGGCCAAGGCGGCUGGUAUGCUUAUCCACAAAAAGUUGAGUUCCCUCACGGCCGCCGACAAAAUCCAGGGCUCCUGGAAAAUGGAGAGCGAAGUCAAUCUGGACCAGCUGCCCAAGAUGUAACCGCUUCUCGACAUUCCCACCCACACGUCCGAGUUCUGUUAAGGCUAAGCUAAUGUAUUUCUCUAUUAUUCUUGCAAAGUAUCUUUCUUAUUUAGACUGAGUGUCCCGAGCCUAGUUAGGAUGGGUAAGUAGCCUGUUAAUAUGGGAUCUCACAGUACUUUUUUGUAAUUCGCGAAGUCCCGGG